AAAACCUUCGGUUUCUCGUAACAGAAACCUCAUGCAUCAUCGGCUCAAGCUGCUCCUGGGUGAUGUCUACAGAUGGUUUUGGAAAAGCAGACUGGGUGUUAUCUUCAGUUGGUGUCCUGGUGUCUCAGGAGAGGCAGCAGCUGCUUCUGGAGAACAGCUCCUCUAGCGGAGAUGUUGAAGGGGACAUUUUCCUCCUGAACACCAGUAGGCUCCCAGACAGAUGUGAGUUCAGCCUGCAUAGCCCCAUCCUGCCUGGGAGCUUGGACUCUUGCUUGCUGGAACUGGCGAUAUAUUCACAGGAUGCUGUUCCUCUCCUCCAGAGGUUCACAGUUGAAAUCACACAUGUGGAGACAAACAGAAAUAUGAUAAUUCCUCUGAGAGUUGGCCAUGAGGAAGAUGCCAGGAUGAAAAGGAAAUCACUGAUGGCCCAGAUUGGCCGAACAGAAAGACCUUUUAAAAUCACCUUGCUGUAUUCAAGCUGUGGAGCACAAGAGACUGGACUAUUGGCAGUGGGCUCUUUGCAGCUCAGGAAUUGCUUUCAUGAUAAAGACAACCAAGAUCUUUCUAUAUAUGACAAAGGCUCCACCUUCCCAUGCCUUCUCGGGGGCUGUGUCAGCCACUUGCAAGUCUGUGAAUUCAUCAGCGACUGCCCUGCCAAAGAACAGGAAGGGGUGAGGUGUGACAGACUCCCGGAGGGCUCACAUUGCUCUUUUGAAGAAGGUCCUUGUGGCUGGACACUGAAUGGCACUGCAGCAUCCACCUGGUCUAUUAGGGGCUUUACCAAAACAGUUCAAGAAGCCUCAUUAAUAGGUUCUACCUUGCAAGCCACUGAAGGACACUUCCUCUACCUGCGAGCAGACAGCAGUCAGACUAAUGGUAUGGCCAAGGCUUACAGUACCAGCUUGCCAGCCAGUAUUGCCACUGAAGGCUACCAGGUCCAAUUCUCAGUGCAUGUUUUUGGCAGCUACAACGGUACCAUCUCCUUCUCUGUCAGGGAAGAGACAAAGGGAGCCCCAACCACCUUGCAGAUGUGGGAAAGAGCAGGGAGCUGGAGCGACCACUGGUUUCUCAUCACUUUACCAAUGCCAGUGCUUCGGAACUGGUUUCACCUGCAGCUGCUGGCAACCUGGGGCUGGAAUUGCCAAGCUGACAUUGCUGUCGACAAUAUUACGUUUGGACUGGACUGCUUCACUGAUGGAAGACAACCAAGCUAUUUUGGUGGGAAGCGCCAGUACCAACAGGAAACUAGUAUCCUGGAUGAGCAUCUCCUGAACCCACUGGAAGAGCCCUCCCUCCCAGGGGACACAUCUGUCAUUCUCUGGUGGUUCACAACAUGUGGUGCCAGUGGUCCACACGGGCCAACUCAAGCACAGUGUGACAGCGCCUAUAAGAACAGCAACGUGUCAGUGACUGUGGAGAAAGAGGGCAGGCUUCGAGGAGUGCAAGUCUGGAGAGUGCCAGCCACAAACCGAUACAGGAUUUCUGCCUAUGGAGCAGCUGGAGGGAAAGGAGCCAAGAACCACAAUAAGAGGUCCCAUGGGGUCUUCAUCUCGGCCACUUUCCAGCUGGAGAAAGAUGAGCUGCUGUACAUCUUAGUGGGGCAGCAGGGGGAGGAUGCCUGCCCUGGGGGCAAUCCUCAAACCCAGAAGAUCUGCUUAGGGGAGUCAUCUCUCAUUGAAGAAGAUUACAAAAAAAAAAAGGACCUGAAGGACUGGGCUGGAGGAGGUGGGGGUGGAGGAGGAGCAACUUACAUCUUCAGACAGAAAGAUGGGAUUUUCGAACCUUUGCUCAUCGCAGCAGGAGGAGGAGGGAAAGCCUACCUGAAGGCUCAGGACAGCUCCCUAGAUGAUGUACCCCUCGAGCAGUUUGAGAACAGCACUGCAGUACCUGGAGUCAGUGGGAGUACAGGGGCAGCAGGUGGAGGUGGUGGCUGGCAAGACAUGACUCUGCUUCCUCAGGCUGGGAAGUCCCUCCUGGAAGGUGGAGAAGGGGGUCAGGCUUGUCCCCAGGCACUAGCCAAGCUCCAGUGGGCCACCUCUGGUGGCUUUGGUGGGGGAGGAGGAGCUUGUACUUCUGGUGGAGGAGGCGGAGGCUACAGAGGGGGGCAUGCCUCUGCUAAUGAUGAUAUCACGGCUGGUGGGCAGGAUGGCAUCUCUUUUGUGAACCCCAUUGGAGAGAUCUUCUUGCAUCCCCUGGCAGCCAUGGAGAGUCACGGUGAGGUGGAGGUUCAGAUCUAUCUGAACUGCAGCCACUGCCACUCGGACAACUGUAAGCGGGACCCUGAUACCAACCUGCCAGUCUGCCAGUGUGAGAUAGGGGCUGUGCUAGCCGACGACAAUGUCACCUGCACUGUACUCCAGGGUCCUAUCCUAGAGGCACACCUGUCUUUUCCGCUCCUCCUAGCUGUGGUGGCAGUGAUUGUGGUGCUUGGAAUGAUCCUCACUUGCGGCAGCCUAUCUAUCAUUUAUCACCUUAAGAAGCAGCAGCUAGAAGGAGCCGGAGCACGACUGCAGAGCCCAGAAUAUAAACUGAGCAAAAUCCGCACAUCAACCAUCAUGACAGAUUACAACCCCAACUACUGCUUUGCAGGGAAAGCUGCCACUCUGAGUGAGCUGAAAGAGAUCCCACGGAAGAACAUCUCUCUGCUUCGAGCACUAGGACAUGGUGCGUUUGGAGAAGUUUAUGAGGGGACAGUGGUAGGCAUUGGAGGAGAUCCCAGCCCUCUUCAAGUAGCAAUCAAGACAUUACCAGAAGUCUGUUCUGAGCAGGAUGAGAUGGAUUUCCUGAUGGAAGCAUUGAUAAUCAGUAAGUUCAACCACCAAAACAUUGUGCAGUGCAUCGGUGUGAGCCUGCAGACGCUGCCUCGCUUCAUUCUGCUUGAGCUCAUGGCUGGAGGAGAUAUGAAGAGUUUCCUUCGGCAGAAUCGACCCAGGGUGAAUCAGCCAUCCACACUAACAAUGCAGGACCUGCUGAACAUAGCUAGGGAUAUUGCCUGCAGUUUUAAAUAUCUGGAAGAGAAUCAUUUCAUCCACAGGGACAUAGCUGCAAGGAACUGCCUUUUGACCUGCAUUGGGGCAGGACGAAUAGCCAAAAUUGGUGACUUUGGGAUGGCCAGGGAUAUUUAUAGAGCAAGUUACUAUCGCAAAGGAGGAAGAGCCAUGCUUCCUGUCAAGUGGAUGCCACCAGAAGCUUUUCUAGAGGGGAUAUUCACCUCCAAGACUGACACCUGGUCCUUCGGUGUGCUGCUUUGGGAGAUUUUCUCUCUAGGCUACAUGCCCUACCCUUGCAAAACCAACCAGGAAGUGCUGGAAUUUGUCACCAGUGGAGGAAGAAUGGAUCCACCGAAGAACUGUCCAGGGCCCGUGUACCGGAUCAUGACACAGUGCUGGCAGCACAGCCCAGAGUAUCGGCCGAACUUCUCCACCAUCCUAGAAAGAAUCAAAUACUGCACACAGGACCCUGAUGUGAUCAACACUGAGCUGCCCAUUGAGUGUGGCCCAGCACCAGAGGAUGAAGGGAGCACAGUAAUGCGCCCAAGCAUUUCCAGUGGGAUAGUGCCCCUGUUGGUGAGCCCUUCUCUCACACCUCAGAUGACUCCUAGAACACUCGACUCCCAACAUGCUGGGCAUAAACCUGGACAAUGUCCACAAGAGCUGCUGGUGGAGAACCUGGGCAACUGGACUGCUCGAGGGCCCAGCCUGCCCUGCCUCAGUGAUUUCAACAGCGGGUCCUGGUUUCAGCAGAGCUCAAACCAGAAGUUGGAGCUCAGCAAACCAUCAACUCACAGACUGAAGAACAAAACCAAAAACCUUUGGAACCCAACCUAUGGAUCAUGGGUGCUAGACAACCUGUGUCACUCCAGCCCCAGCUCCAAGCUCAAAGCAACUCCAGAGCGAGAAGAUUCAGGCUUUGAUGGGAAUUGCAGUUCUUCUCCUAGUUCUCGAGCAUCUCCAGCAUCUCCAAGUCGAAGCAACUGCCCUCACCUGGAUAUCGGUGGGAUUGAACUGGUGAAACUCCAGACUUUCCCCUGCGGCAAUGUAAAUUAUGCAUACGAUGAUCUGUGCUAUAGUACUGACCACCAGCCAUCAGCUUUGGCAGGGGCCAGAGCAGCUGUGCUAAGGAGCUCCAGUCUGCGUAGAGAUGAGAAGCCUUUUUAUAAACCAGAGAAAACAUCAAGAGAGAGGGACUCUGGGCUGUCUUUGUCAGAUGACUUGAGUGUUACACCAGUAUAACAGAAAAGAUUCUUCCAAAGAUCAGGGAACGUGUAUGUCUGGAAAGGCAAACUUGAACUGCUUUCUAUUUCAUUUACUUCCUCCAUUCUUCAGAUGGAUGAUGUUUCAACAUCAGCAACGUUCUGCUUUCUCCUUCUACCUGCUGGAUCCCCAGAUCUUCAAAGACAGUUGCAUUUCUCUCUCUGGCCAUCAAACCUGUUCCACUGAACCAGUGCCUCUGCUUAGCUGCAGAGAACAAUGGCAUUGCUGCACUGAUUCAGAAUAUGGCACCUAAUAAAAGGAGUCCUUUUCAAUGUGCUCAGGUGAAAAAGAAAAGGACCUAGCAUCCAACCACAGCAUUUCGAUGGAAAUGAUAACCAACACAGGCUGUUCUUCUUUCUGAGCUAAGAAACCAGAAAUGCGUGCUGUGCCAGCAGCAACUAACUUGCAAAGGCUGCUGUAUUCCCUAGAGCUUUGUACAGUCCUGUUGACUUAUUAAUGAUGCUCAUGCACUGACAGGGAAGUAAAUAAAUAGCAGCCACGUUUGCACCUGUUUUCUUAGCAGACUCUGUGAAGAAGAUGAAAAUGAAGCUGCUGUUCAAAUUGGAAGCAGUAGGGAAGAUGUGUGUGUUUUGAAAGUAAGCAGUGAAGAAGAAAACAAAUUCAGUAUUGAAAAAAUAGUUGGUGGAGGUGAUGGAGUCCCUCUGAAUAGUGAAGAAAAUGUGCUGCUUGCCUCAGGGUGUUGCUUUCCUCCCAGCUUCUGGCAUGGAAGGGGCAGGAAGUUUUCCGAGUAAUGGUGAGCUGCAUGGUGUGGUGAGAAACAGACUUGCUUUUCUUUUAAUGGACAGUAGUUGGGAUGAACUUCAUUUUUGUAAGUAAGUACGUUGCUAUUCAGCAGUAAUUUCCUGUGCUAUGUUGGUAAGCAUUAAGCUGAGAUUUUUAGGGUAACUGUGUAGCAUGCGGUGCUCUGGAGUUCUUGUUGGUUUUACUACAUACUCUUCUGAGAUGCGUUCAACAGAGUAAGGCCAGGGAGGGGCAGAGUGAAGGGGAACCUGUUUAAUACAGCUGUUAUCUUACAGUGCCCCUUACACAGCAGGGCAGAACAGCUCAACUCUUUGGGCUGAAGCCAUUACUUGGCUUCACGCACCUGAGCAGGCCGUUUAUUGUUUUUUGACUCCCAAGCAUACAAUCCUGGUGGUUAAGGUAAGUGGUGUUUCUUUUGAAGAGAUACUAUUUCUAAGGUUUUCUUCUGUUGUUUAGGCUCUAAACUGUUGUUUACUGGUGAAAUCUUGCAAAACAAGGAGACUGAAAAGGUAAAUCAUUGGGUUUAAGCCUGAAAUAGCUCAGAAGCAUUUUGUCCUUGUCCCACACCUGAAUGUUGCACUGCCAGCCUACCACAGCAGAGGAGAACUUACGGUUGCAGAGAAUGGGAAAUGACAGAAAAUGUAGAGCUGUAUAACAAGUCAGUGAUAGCACUCAGGGGUCUAAGCGGUGGCAAGUGCAAGGACAGAAAAGGUUUCUAAAUUACAUGCUGCUUUCACAUGUAAUCAGGCUGUGUGCUGAGGGGUCCGUCUUAGACGCUGUCUAGUUCCUCUCUGAGGAGAGAAGUGCUGUGGCACAAGCUUCAUGCAUAGUGAUUCCUGCCUGUUCAGGCUGAAGGCGUGGGUUGGCAGGAGGUGGUUUGCUUUGAACACACACUUCAUGUCCUCUGCAUCAUUCAGGAAUGGAUACUACUGAUGUGGGAUACAGAAAAGCACAGCGUGAAGAGUCGGAUUCCAUCUUUUGCCAGCAAAGUGCGUCUUCAUCUCAGUUUUGGUUUGUCUGUGUGACGUUGUAUUUGUUUCCUAGCUUCCUAUAUUCUUAGGCCUUUGGUUUUAGAAUGAGCGAUUUUAUAAACUCUUUUCAGAAUCUGUCUGGUGAUGAUGGCUCCUUGUAGCAAUGACCUUUAUGGUAGGGUAAAACAAAUCACAAAUCCAGGCUGUGCAAUGACAGCUGGUCAGAACAGAGGUGUC